CAACAAUCAGUCUUUCUUGCUAUUUUCUUAUCUGAUAUAUUUAACACCAAAUUUAACUCUCUCUCUCUCUCUCUUCUCUCUCUCCCCCCCUACGUACGUCAUGGCUCCAAAGAACGACGCGUCAACAAAAAAGCCUGUGAACAAAGGAACAUGGACAGGAGAGGAAGAUAGAAAACUUGCAGAAUAUAUUGAAAUUCAUGGUGCAAAGAGGUGGAAGACAGUUGCUUCGAUAGCAGGUUUGAAUCGUUGCGGGAAGAGUUGCAGGUUGAGAUGGUUGAACUAUUUGAGACCCAAUAUUAAGAGAGGCAACAUUUCUGAUGAUGAAGAGGACUUGAUACUUAGGCUUCAUAAACUACUAGGAAACAGGUGGUCAUUGAUUGCCGGGAGACUUCCAGGUCGAACAGACAGUGAAAUAAAGAAUUACUGGAAUUCUCAUUUGAGCAAGAAAAUGAAUCAGAAGGAAAAAACAUCGCUGGCUUCAACAGCCCAAGAGACAAUGACGACUAUUACUGCAACUGCACCUUCCCAGAAAACAUCAGACAAUAGCGCCGAUACUACAACUACACCUUCCCAGAAAGCAUCAGACGAUAGCGCUGAUACGAACUUUGAUGUGAAUGAGUUCUUUGACUUCUCUGCUGAAGGUUCUUAUGGGUUGGAGUGGGUGAACAAGUUUCUCGAGCUUGAUGAAGACACCAUGGCUGCCCAAGAAAAGGUCAUUGUGUAAUUAUACGAUUAAAAUUAAGUAAUUAUUAUUAGCACUCUAUAAAAUUAAUAAUGCAUAAUUAAAUUUGAGAAAUGACUAGCUAGUUUUCUCAUUGAGAAAUGAAGGCUAAAAAAAUAAUGGUGAAUGGAAGGCUGUGCGUAAUUCUGUACAAUUUAAAUGAAAAAUUGCUUGGUCUUGAA